AUGAGUCCCCGACGCUCAUCCCGUGCUCGCUCCUCGCAGCAACCCCCUCUCGGUCCCAACCACACAAACUCCAACGCUUCAAUCACCUCCAAGUCGGAUCGAGACACUCGAGCCAACAAUCGUGCAAACUCUCCUCGAAGGCCCUCCACCCAACGAUCCGAAUCUGCUGAUGGUGCAGACUCAUCCUCUCGCACCGAGCAGGUCGCACCGCGUCGCAGUCGCCGCAACGGAGAGGACAAAGAACAAAUAGUCAAACAGCAGGGCGACGAUGAGGAAAAUGACAUCGACCCUGCUGACGAGGAAAUUACUCGCUGUAUCUGUGGACAGGCCGAGUACCCUGGACCUUCGCCUGCCCUGCGACAGCAGCAAACAAUCCCCGACGCCCUGACCGACGACACGGGCAAUUUCUUUGUCCAAUGCGACAACUGCAGUGUCUGGCAACACGGCGGCUGUAUGGGUCUGCUGGAUGAGUCCAUGCUACCGGAUGAGUACUACUGUGAACAGUGCAAGCCAGAAUACCACAAGAUCACAAAGGCAGCAAAUGGGCCAAAAUCUUCUCGGUAUCUCCCCGUUCUGGAGACUAGCUCCAGUCGAUCCUCUCCCUUGUCCUCAAAUCCGGAAAUGGGCCGCAAGAAGGAAAAUAAGCACAAACAGUCCGAGAGUACCAAAAGAAGGGCCACCUUCAACAGCCGGGGCGCCUACGACGAAGACGAGAUGCUGAGGCGAGCCAUUGAGGAGAGCAAAGAGAUGGGCACCCUGGGCAAACGCACAAGAGAUGAAUCAGAAGAGCACAAAGGUACCACCAAGCGACAGCGUACCGGAUCCAACUCCUCAGAGACAGUGUCGAAGCGCAGUGAAUCACCUGAAGCUGGGGUUGAUGACCCGCCUAGUAGAUCGACCACGAACGGUCGAGCUACGUCGCAAAAACUGAGGGGAGCUGCUGCUCGCAACAACCGCGAAAAGGAGCUUCGAGAAAAAGCAAAAGAACAGCAGGCAGCUCAACGUGCGGAGGCUGCGAGUAAACGCAAUGCUCGGUCAGAACGGAGAAGGGCAGAUGGUGAGCCAUACCCGCAUCCAGUAAUCAAGAUAUUGACCAGUGAGCCAGACUCGCCUCCUCCCACCCCGAGUCUCUCUCCCUCAAAGGGAGGACCAGCCAAUGGCAAAGCAAAAGCAGACACGCCCCCCUCUGGUCGAUCGAAUCAUAACAAUAACCGCAAGCCCGGCGGCAGAGCGCCUGCAAGGCGAGGAAGACUAGGGCGAAAUCAGUUUACGCGUGACCAGGCAAACGGCGAAGACGGGGACAAUACACCUUUGCGGGAUGCAUCUCACGACAUCAACGGCCACGAUAACAAAAACGGAGAUUCACCUUCUGCUGCCGACCGGAAAGGAAGUGCAGGCGGAGCCGGUGUCAUCCACUGCAUCAACGGCGAGAGCGGACGCAGUUCAAAAGCGAAGACGCAUCCUGCGAGGACAAGUCUCAACGAAAUGAAAAGACGGGUGGCCGCGAUUCUAGAAUUUGUUGGACGCAUGCAGACGGAGCGGACCACGCAGGCCCAAGCAGCAAUCCAUGUCAGCAGUGGCAGCGGAGGAAGUUCCAAGGGAUCAAACACGCCAAACGGCGUGAGCAAGACGUCAAGCACCUCGAGCACGACCGGGAGCAAUUUACCCACGGCGAGUCUCGUGCGUGCUGUCGAGGCUGGGCUGAAAGAUGUGAAGGAGAAGGAUGAUGACAAUGUGGUGUCGAUGAUGGAUGAGAGGGAGUUUGCGACGAUGGGGAGUGUGGAUAUGAUGGAGACGCUGACAAGGGAGUUGGUGCAGUGGCAGAGCGUGUAUGGGGUAUAUUCGCGGUGA